UGGAUUCUCAAAAUUAUUUUAUGUUUAUAUAUAAAAUUAACUCUAAAUUGGUGAUAACAACACAGCAGGACAAGCAAAUCUCAUUGUUUGAGGGAAAAAGCCAAUGAUAAGUUCAUUUUUUAACGACAAGAUGCUAAAAUAUGUUUUGCUAUUGACAUGCUUACUUGGAGAAAGCACGAUAGAUGCUUUGAGAAUUGUUGAUGGUCUAAGCGCUUCUAUUGAUAUCAGAAUGACAUUUGGAAUAACAACUGGUUGGGGAGAUCCACACUAUAGAACAUUUGAUGGUCUAGAUUAUGACUUCCAGGGUACUGGCAAAUACUUGUUUGUUGAAUCAACAGAUGGGGAAUUCAAGGUUGAGGUGCAAAAUACUCCAUCAGUGAAUCCAAGUGUGUCACUCACCCUAUAUGCAGAUAUUUACGUAGGGGAUGAUAUCAUAAGACUACAUGUUGCCAAUACAGCAAAGGUGAAUAAUAUCCCUGUCGUUGAAUUUCCAUAUAAGGAUGGCAAGAAGUCAUACGUUGUAACACAACUAGAUGGUAUAACAUCAUUUAUUUCUCCCAAACUGUACUUUGCAGUGGAUAUGCAAUAUGGAAUAUCAGUUGCUGUAGGAGAAAAGUGGAAGGGCAAGGUGGAUGGCCUUGCUAAAAACUUUGAUGGAGACAUGGAAAAUGACAAAACAGACAGAAAUGGAGAUGAUGUCAGUAAUAUGAGCAACCUUGGAUCCUUAAUUGGGAUUAGCUAUGAUGUUGAUAAUAUAUCUAGGAGUGAUAAGGUGAUACCUCUAAAUGAUAUACCACCUAUUAUGGAACUUUGUAUUACUCCUAGACAGAGAAGAGCUGCAGAACGUGUUUGUCAAUUGAUAUUUGAUUUUGAGGAUGGACCUUUUACAGAAUGCAAAGAUCCAUCAUUCCAAAAAAGAAGAGAAAGACUAAUUAGAGAUUGCACCUUUGAUGUCUGUGAUGAUUUCAAAAACUACUGCAACAUUGUUUUCAAAUUCCUUGACUUAAUGGAUUGUGUUGCAGAUGACAAUUUUAAAUGUGCUGAGGUUAAUAUGACAGGUGAUCCACAUAUGGUUCAGCCGAUAGAAGGUUCCUUACUUCCACUGUGCUACAACUUUGAUGGUGAAAUGAAUACAGCAUACAAACUUCUAAUGCAACAUGAUAAUGAAAUCAAUGUUGAAUUUGGCGAUGGGACAAGGAAGAUCACCCAAGUGGCAAUCAUAACAAAAACUGUUACCAUCCACUUGACCAUUCUACAUGUGACUAUCAAUGGCGUGACAAAGGAGUGGACUGAUGACAAUUUUGCUCUGGAAGGGGGCCAUAUGGAAAUCAUUGGUAGUGAUGUAUAUUUGGAGCUUGACUCUGGCUUGAAGAUCCACUUUGUACGGAGCCAUAGACACCAUUUGUUCAACAUGUUCCUUGAUGAGAUGCACAGAAUCCCAAAAGAUGCUUCUGGAGUGAUUGGAUAUGUGUCCAAUCAUGCUACCCUGGAAGACAAUGGAAUUGACCCGGCACAACUAAUGAUUGAUGAUAUCCCUAUUGAUGUUAUCAAGAAAGAAGGAAAAUGCUGGCAAGUUCCUCAUCAUAACCAACAAAUAUUGAACAACCUUUUUGAUCAAUUCAAACUGGACAAGAUCUUGGAAAAUUAA